AUGCAGGUUCCCGGAUUGACAGGACAACAUCCACAUCGACCUCCUGUCCAGUCUGACCAACUGUUACAAAUCGUACUUCCUAGACCAUCUCAUCAGUCACCACUUCAAAUCAAUUCCCCAUCGUUCCUGGCCCCCAGCCACUCCAAUCUAGCAGCAACAUACAAAGAAUCCCACAAAGAAAUCAGCAUCGAUGACGUGAGAUGUGCCCAACUGGACCUGACGAGGCUGAGGGAUGGCGGAGCAGUGAAUUCGGAUCGUGCAGCCAUUGGGGGCCACGAUGACCUAUCAUCCUACCCCCUUUAA